CAUGAUAGAGACUACAGUGUUUAUUUGUUGGCAAGUCGCAACAUCAUUGGCAUCAACUUAUGCGGACGGCAAAAACGCAAAAAGCAUGAAAAUGGAAAAUAAAAAGAGUCACGACGAUGAUACCAUGGACUUCAAUAAACUUGAAAAAGAGCUAGCUAUGGCGGUAGAACAAGAUCAACGAUAUUGGAGAGAAAAUGACGCCAAAUUUAGGGCAGUACACCAGAAAGUUGGAUCAUAUGAAGAAUUUAGAGAUAUUGUUCUUGCUUCUCACAUAAAGCCACUGCAGAAGGGUGACACUUUGGAAAAUGUUACAUUUGAUGUCAAAUGGAAUCCACACGCUGACAAAAAUAAAGCAAAUCCUCCAAGUGGUAACAUGUCUGAAAUCAAAAAGACCUCCAAUCUCCCAAAAGACAGCCAGGAGUUUACAAGAGACUGGAGAAGGUACCAAAAAUCAACAGCUGAUCAGUACAACUUCCUGUUGGAAAUAGGUGGAAUUCAUCUUGGACAGAUUUUUAAAACUGAUAUCAAUCUUCUAGGGGACUUUCUGGUGGCACUAGAUUCAGAAUACCAAGAUCAGGACAGUGAGACAGUGACAACAAUUCUAGAAAAUUUGUCCUCAGCUCAAAGAUUUACACUAUCAGUUCAGUUCUUAAGUGGAAAAGAGAAGAAGUCAUGUGAAUCAUUAAUACGCAAACUAGAAGCGACAAGUGAUGAUUCUACGUGGAAAGACAGGAUAGAAAAGCUGAAAUCUUCUUAUGAUUCAAAUAAAUAAUUUGUGAGCCUC